AUGAUUCGCUCAGGAGGACGAGCUGAAGCUACUGCAGAAACUGCCUCGCUGCUAGUGCAAGACACGCAUGAGGUCAAGUUUGACGUGAAGGAUGUCGACGACAAGAAAGCUGCACCCAGCAAGAAGACGCCGGAGACUGGAGCAGCGGCGCCGAGCAAGAUUCUGUUCCUCGACGGAGUACGAGGCCUCGCCGCUCUGCUGGUCGUCACGCAGCACUCGCACGAGUACGUGCAGGACCUCAACCUCGGCGCCUGCGCAGUGGACGCCUUCUUCGUCCUGUCCUCGUUCCUGCUGACGAUGCUGUUCAUGAGGAAGAGCGAGAAGCUGCUGGCUCAAGGCGCGAGCUACCGCAAGUGGGGGUUCACACUGGCCGACUACUUCUCCAAGCGGUUCUUCCGCGUCUACCCGCUGUUCGCUCUGGUGGCGACUGUGCUCUGGAUGCUGCCGGACGAGGCGAAACACCGGUUCUACCUCAUCGACUCGCCCGAGAGCUACGACCUCUUCAAGGUGCUGGCGUUCGACUUCCACAGUCGGUACUUCGUGCUGUGGACGCUGCCGCUGGAGAUCUCGUACUACUUCUUCAUCCCAGUGUUGGUGCUGGGCGUGCUGAGGCUGCGUCGGUUGUGGUGGGUGCCCUUCAUCCCAGCGUACGGGUGGGUAGUCUACGAGGGCUGGUACACGUACCGGUGGGACCACAUGCCGCUGUCUCCUCACGCGCCGACGUUCGUGGCAGGCUCGAUGGCGGCCGUUCUCUUCGUGAAGUUUGAGACUUGGAUGAAGGAGACGCGGUUCGAGUUCACUGGGCGCCAGAUCCGAGCGGUCCGAGCCGUCGAGUUUUCUGCGCUGUCGAUUCUGCUGAGUCUGAGCUUCCGGGGCCUCUUCUUCCACUGGGUCCACGGCAACGUCGCCCCCACGACGCCGGGAUUUCCGUUCAUCAGCGUACUGUUGACUGUGGUGUUGGUGGUGGAGAUGUUGCUGCCGUCGGGUUUGUCGUCUCUUCUUGAGUGGAGUGCGCUCCGAUACUGUGGCAAGGUGAGUUUCUCCAUCUACUUGCUGCACGGGUUCGUUAUCUACAACCACGGGGUCAAGACGCAGCCUAGUUACUAUGACCGCAUGUUCUUACGGCUCGGCCUCACGCUCAUGCUAGCUACAGUGUCGUAUCAUUUGGUGGAGUAUCCCUCUCAAUUGCUGGCUCAGCGCACCACUCGAUACUUGGCCAAGCAAGAACUGCAGGGGUCGACGGAAGCUGUUCACUCGGUUCAAUCCAAGGACCCGGUAGCGGAAGGGGCUGGGGAGGUUCCCUCUCUUCUCGUCUACUGCAGGAAACCUUCCCUAGUUGCGAGAAGCCCUCCCGCUAAAGAAUGCGACGCAGCAUAA